ACCCGUUUCGCGCCAGAUACAUCGCCUCCUUCCCCACCACAUUCCUCUUCCGUUCUCCCCCAAACCCCACCCUAGAACUGUAGAACCUUCCGCCGCCGCAGCAGCAGGCCAGCAGCCAUGGCCUCCUCCCCGUCCAACGUCGCCCUCAAGGCCGCCUUCGACGGCAAGAUCCGCCUCCUCAAGAGAAUGGCGAAGAGGGUGGACUUGCGGAGAGCCAAGGACGCGGAAGGCCAAACCGCGCUUCAUUUCGCUGCCGGCAACGGGCACCUGGACAUGUGCAAGUUCCUGGUGGAGGAAUCAGGGCUCGAUGUCAAUUCCGCGAGGAAAACAGGUGAGACACCGAUGUUCUACGCCGCGCUUGGGGGGAAGGUCCAGGUUAUGAGGUACCUUCUUGACCAUGGCGCCGACCCCGCGAUGCCUCAAGAGAGGGGCUCCACGCCGCUGCAUAAUGCAGCGGAGGAAGGACACUUGGAGGCCGUAAGGCUACUGCUGUCCAAAGGAGUUCAUGUGGAUCCUAUGGAUCAUCGGGGUGCGCCGUUGCAUUUGGCGGCUUCAAAGGACCGUGUUGAGGUCGUGAAGGUUCUGCUGGAGCAUGGUGCUGAUCCCAGCAGAGUGGCUAAUCACAUCUUCUCACCGCUCAUGAUGGCUAUUUGUGGGCAGUCCUUGAAAUGCAUGAAGCUGCUGAUUGAGGCUGGUGCUGAUGUGAAUGCUCAUGGUUACUCUGGACCAACUGCGUUGACAGAGGCAGUUGAUGAUGGCUUAACCGACUUUGUCAAGCUGCUGCUUGAGGCUGGAGCUGACCCUAACAUUCCUAACCAGCAUGGCGCAAUUCCAAUCAAGGUAGCAGCAGCUCGUGGCCAACGUGAGCUUGUUGAAAUGCUGUUUCCUAGGACAAAACCAAUUCCAUCUUUACCAGUUUGGAGUGUUGAUGGGAUAAUGAAUACUGAUAUAUUUCCACAUAUCGAGCCUCAGGACGCACUUCCUGUGGAACAGCGAAUAGCUGAUUUGAAGGCACAAGGAAAGGAAGCGUUUGGAAAGGGGGACUACCUUACAGCGAUUUAUUUCUAUGGCCUGAUAAUGGAGAUAGACCCACUUGAUGCCACAAUGUAUGCCAACCGGAGCCUAUGCUGGCUGCGGAUGCGCGAAGGGGACAGAGCUUUGGAAGAUGCGCGACAGUGCAAAAUGAUGCAGCCCAGUUGGUCCAAGGCAUGGUACCGUGAGGGCAAAGCUCUCAGUUUCAUGGAGGAUUACAAAGGAGCAGCUGAUGCGUUCAUGAUAGCACGACAACUCGACCCCAAGAGCGAGGAGAUUACCGAAGCGUUAAGGGAGGCCGUCAAGGCUAUGGAGGAUCUGCACGUGUAAUAUAAGCAACUGGUGAUACCGGGUUGCUCGAAGGGAAGGAAGAACGGAAAACUUUCUCGCUUAGUUCUUUUCGCAUCUCUGUAACGACCCUGCUGUAUAUAUAUCCCUUUACCGGAAUACCGGAUGCUACCCAAAUAGUACCAGUAGUUACUA